UGUUGUUUUAAUAUUUACUGUAGAUGUGGGUUGUGCCGAGUGCCGGCCAAGCCUGUGCUGUUAGUCUCAUCCGUUGACCAUUCACAGACGAGCGUUCGUCUCAGACGAGCCGGUUUAACUCUAUUUGAUGAUGGUUAGUUGUUGUAGACCUCCAGGUCUUAAUUAUACUGGUCCGCCUCUCGUCCAUGCUCUAAAAGCGAAGGAAAUGUAAGCCUGCACCGGGCGCGCGGGCGGGCGGUGGCGCCACGCGAUCAUUUCGCAGAGCACGGCGGGCGGGGGCGCACGUCUAGAGCCUCCAUACUGCGUUGUCCGCCUGCGCCUCGCUCCUGUUUCUUAUACUAUAACCUCGUUAGUCCAAGUGACGUACAUUCUUAUACGUAGCUGUGUGUAGUGAGCGCGGAAACGGCCGGCCGCUGCUGCACUCCAAGCCAGGAUUGUUGGAACAUAAAAGAUAACCUUGCUCGCUGCAUUUAUUAUUCAGUGACUGCGCUAAGCUACAGCCAGGAUGGCGCCCUUUACAGGUAAUCAUGAGAAUCAAACAGAUCACCGAUAACGGUAACGUGGCCGCAGAGAACAGGCAUCAGAUACUGUCACACAUAAACUCUGGCAACCGGGGCUGGCUACCCAAUAACACCAGCUCGGAAUAUUUUUAUAAUAAUAUUAACAGGACGAAACAUUUCCAAUUUAAUUCUAAUUACAAUAGUUCGACUAUUAUUACUGGUUUGUUCAGAAAUAAUAGUGUGCAAAGUAAGAAUGUUACGAACGAAACCUCCAACUUGACUGCUGAACCAGUGUGCAAUACCCUGUAUAGGCUGAACAAUCAAAAUAACCCAGUAUUCUUGAAUUUGAAUAACACAGAAACUAGCAACCUGGAGGGCGCCACGGAAAAUUUCCUCGCUCCCCGUGAAAGCUUUCUAGGUAGUAAUGUGUCUUCGAAUACAACCCCAAUUGAUGACGAGCGGCCGUUCGAUCAUUCAGACACGGAUGAGAUGUCUGAGAAUGGCAGUCGCCCUGUGCCUAGAGGAAUCGUGAAUCCAAAUUAUCCAGGUUUUCAACACUUGGCGCAUACGUUGCAGGAUUAUUCUUCAAAUAUUGAAAAUUUUUAUCACUCUGAAAAUGAUAUGACGGACGACGAUAUAGAUUUAGAGAUAACCGAAUCAACAUACGAACCGGAGCUUAACUUGAACGAAACCACCGUUCUAUGUGAAAAUAUUAAUAAUAAUAACCAGGAAGACUUAAAACAUUCUAAAAUACUAAGUUCACCUAUUGAGAGUAAAAUAAUAGCAACGUCAGAUAGUCUUGCACAAAAGGAAAUUCCUGAUUUAUUAAAAACAAUAUCAGAAAAUAAUAAUAACAUCUACCGUAGUGAAUUCGAUAUAGCUUGCACUGAUACAGAUAUAGAAAAUAACUUUCACACUAAAGACAUAAUAGGGGAUUUUAACAAAGAAAUUGAAGACGAAAUAAAACAAUUGUUAAAUUAUAACAUUAAUAUUCAAGAUGAUUUAGAAGAAUUAAGAAAAGAUAUUAAAGAUACCUUAGCGAAGCCAAUCGAAAAUACCAUAAAUAACAUAAGUGAAGUCGUGAAUCAUGUUAUAAAGAAACUCGUUGAAACUCAUGUUGAUGAAAUCGAGCACAGUCCGGAUAAGGCAGCAAAUGGAACAAGUAGUAGAGAAGUGUAUAAUGAAAUUAGUGACAUUAAACAAAAUGAAACAAAUGCAAUAAAAGAAAUGAAUCUCAGUAGGCCUACAUUUUUAUUGAUAGAAAAUAACACGAAUAAGAUAAUCGAUGCGUUCUUAUCAGACGGAAAAGAUGAAAUCACCCUAUAUGAUAACGAAUAUGACACAAAAAAUAUGAGCAACAACGUCGAAAAUACAAUAAAACAACUCAGCACAGAGUUAAGAAAAAUCAUUCCGAAGUUAGAUGAAAUGCGAGAACGUGAUAGAUUAUGGAUAAGGAAUAAAAAUGAACCGACUGUGAUCCUUACAGAUGGUAAUUUCAAUGAAGUUGCGAAUUCGUCUCGAUAUACCGUAGACAUGAAAAGUGGAAGCAAUCCGCAUGUACUCACAAGAGAACCGGUCAAAGUAUUAAGUGAACCAUCGGCGCCAAAGGAACAGCCAAAGGAAUUGGCACCGGCUAAGAAGUGUAUUAGAUCAGCUCAAAGCAACUCAUCCGUCCGAAUAGGUGAAAAUGUAGACAAAUGUGAUUUAGGAAGUUUCGACGUCUACAACAUAGAAACUGCUCUGCCCAAGUUAGAUUUAGAUGCGAUUGAAAAUCAUUUGAAGGCAGCUAAAGAAGCAGAGAGACGGAAACGCAAUGAUAGGGAAGAGAUCAGAAAACGUUUGGCCAUGGGGGCUGACAGUGAGGAAUAUUAUAGUAUGGGACACACUGAUAGGCCAGGAAAGAAACCUAGCCUACACUCAAGACUGCAGAAUGGAAACAAUCUCCAAAUAUGUUUCAUGAAUGAAACUGCAUCUGACAAUGAAUCAACGUCAGAGCUGGACAGGCAUAUCAACUAUAACACCAAAAGCCUGUCCCGAUCAAGCAUUUUCAGCAAGUCAAAUUACAGUCUCAAUAACCAUCCAUACCAGACAAGGCCACUGUCUGUCAGCAUUACAAAACAUGACAAAAUUGGCAUUGUCCCAUCUGGUGCUAAGUUACGUCCCACAACUCUUUCACUGAAGACAUCCAAGUCUCGAUCUUCACAAUCCCUCGGACACAUAGAGCUAAAAGAGUCUGAUUUCUAUGCACUUCAGGCGACGCUUCAAACCGAGGCAAGGAUUGCGCUCGCUCAGGCUAAAGAGUUGGCCCGAGUUCAGAUGGAGCGCGAGCGUCGCAGCCGUGGCGCGUCGCCGGUGACGGAGAUGCUGCGCAACUCCAUGCGCAAGGCCAACGCGCCGCUUGCGCCCGACCGCCGCCGCGUGUCGCGCCAGCUGCUCACCGACAUGAACGUCGCGCAGCUGCAGGUGGUAGUGAACGAGCUGCACUCGCAGAUCGAGUCGCUGAACGAGUCUCUCGUGCAGCUGCUGAUGGCGCGCGACGAGCUGCACAUGGGGCAGGACUCCAUGCUCGUCGACAUCGAGGACCUCACGCGCUAUCUGGGUGUGAAGGCACAGACGAAGAAGACAAAGGGCUCGGGCAAGUCCGGCGUGCGGCGGCUGGCCUCGCUCGUGCACAAGUAGACGCUACAACUAAUCGUACGUUACCUACCUACUGCAUCACACAUAGGUAUAUAAUAUACACUAGCGGUUCAUUCAGCUAUCUGGUGUUUCCACUUGAGACUGGCAGGUUACUAAUAGAGAUUUUAUUAUUAUUAUAAUGGUUGCCACCAUGCGUAGAAUCCGGAAUUUGGAUACGCAUGAUACUCCAGGGGUGAUUCAUGUUUUUUGAAUCGAUGUAAGAAAAGAUAGCGGUGGUUGAACCACCAAGGAUGAUCAAUGUCAAACGCGCGAUGGUAAUAUCUCGUUACCAAAUGAAAGAACUUAAAUAUCAAAUCAUUUUAACAAAUGAAUGUAGAUAUAUCUUCUUGCAAAUGUAGGCCAAUCUAAGCAAUGACGAGAGUGUAAUUAAUGUUUUGUGUACCGCCUUUUGUAUACCAGUGGAAACUCGCCAGAUGACAUAUUAUUGACUAUAUUGUUACAUUAUAUUAUCAAUACGGUUGCUAUAUGGUCAUUUGUGAGAUAGUAUUAAUGGUUACAUUCAUAUAAAUAGUAAAAUGCUGCAAAAAAUAAAUAUCGAGGUGGCGGUUUAGAAUCCAAUAGUACAUAGGACUAGCCAAAUAUAUCAUUUACAUUGUACCUAUUAUUUACUUUAUAACUUUUUUCUGAUUCAAACAGUACGUAUAUUUCUGAAAAUACAAGUAUGAGCGAGACUGUCAUUUACUUAUAAUUUUGGUGGCUUUAAAUUCGUAAUGCAUAACAAUUGUUGCAUUAGCACGUAUGCACAAUGACGGCUUAUUUCAACGAGCAUCGGAAAAAUUCUUUUAAAAAAGUAGAUAUUAAGUUUUGAUUGUUACUUAACCCAGUCUCCAUUGUUUGGUGUUACAUAUUUAGUCACCCUUUUAUAGAUAAUAUUGUUAAUUAUAAACUGUAAUUUCUUAUGAAGUAUAAUUAUACAUUGGUUCUGGAACGUUCCCUUCACCUAUGACUAACGAUAGUUGUAUAAAACGUUUGUCAUUGAUAUUUGUAACUCCGUCGCAUUUUACCCUCUAUGCAAAUAUAUGUGUAAACUAUUAA